AUGCAUCGUUCCAGCAGCAAGAAUCGACGAGAAACAGGCAAUCGAUCCUUUCCUAGCAGUGCAGUGAGCGAAUUAGCUCCUGUCAAGGCGUGGUACCUGAACUUGCACUGGCCACUGCGUCUCAAGACUCCCUUCAUCGAUUAUCUGAUCCCCAAGAGAUUGUCCAGCAGGAAGGGCAAUUCGACCACGAGAAAGACAGUCCCAGGAACAGGGAACGAAAUACUUAAAGCGGAAAGAGGAGACUGCGACUGCUUUGGGACACCGAGUGCCUGUUCAAGUGCCUACAGGGAACAAGAUGUCUCAAGCCACGAAUACCCCAUCCAUGAGAGUUUCCGGGAUCAGAUGCAAGCUCCUUCAGCCAUGCUCGAGAGAUACUUGUCUGAUGGGGAAACGAGCAUCGGCGAUAAGCUGCUCGCGCAUACAGCAAAUGACACCGUAAAGGAGGCGACCAAUGACCGUCUGAAGAAACUCGGGCACGAUCUAAACCUAUUGGUAGACAAAACCGGACUAGAUCGCGGCGAGAGGCCAGCCACAGGCCCUUUUUCUUCUUCUGUCGAUCUUGUCAUGAGUUGA